UUUUUAAUAAUAUUUUGGUCAGAACACAUCAACAGCCAUGUUUAAGAACCCCAAGAAAAUAUUGGCUUUUACAAUAGUUCUGACCAUUUUAGUGAACCCAAUAUUAAUUACUGAGUGCAGUCGCAUACUUGGAAUAUUUAACUAUUACGCCUACAGUCAUUUUAAAGUUUUCUAUCCACUUUUGCGCAGACUGGCUGAACAAGGCCACCAGGUCACCGUGGUGACUCAUAUAAAAGCGCUGGACAAGAUAAAGCCACAUAACUAUACCGAGCUGCUAUUGACUGGUGGUUUGACAACCAAUGUAGUUACAUUUAAAGAUAUAUUUCCACGACGAAGCUUGUUUAAUAUAUUCAAAGAUGCCGACUAUAUGCAUCAUGAAGGACUGUCACACUGUGAACUCUUGUAUAAAAGUGGACAUGUUGAUACGAUUUUAAAAGGUCACGAACAGCAACCGUUCGAUUUAGUCAUCACUGAAUAUAUGAAUUCGGAUUGCCAAUUGGGUAUACCAUACUUGUUGCAAGUACCUGUGGUGGGUUUGAGUAGUUGUGUGUUAAUGCCCUACCACUUUGAUCGUAUUGCAUUGCCGGAUUUUCCGUCGUAUAUACAGUCGAAAUUAGUCGGAUUUCCGGAGGAACUGAAUUGUUAUGAACGACUGUUAAAUUUUCUACAAACGAAACUGGUGAAUUAUAUAUAUCGUUAUCGCACACAUUCUGAUGAUCGCAAAGUGAUCAACAAAUAUCUAAAUGUGGAUUUCGAUGUUGAUGAUUAUGCCAAGCGUAGCACCAGCAUAAUUUUGGUCAAUCAACAUUACACCCUACACGGUAAUAAACCGUUAACUUCGCAAUUAAUCGAAAUUGGUGGCAUACAUAUUGAUGAGACAGCAUUAAAUGCAAAAUUACCAGACGAAAUUGAGAAAUUCUUAAAAAAUUCACCUGCCGAAGGUGUGCUAUUCUUUAGCUGGGGUUCUAUGGUACGUUCGUCUAGCAUGCCCAGUGAGAAAGUGCAAACGAUAGUCAAAGUACUCGAACAACAGCCUUUCAAUGUAAUUUGGAAAUGGGAGACCGACGAAGUGCCAACGAAAAGUAAGAAGUUCCUCUUCGUCAAAUGGGCGCCACAGUUAAGUCUGAUCUGCCAUCCCAAGGUGAAACUAUUUUGGGGGCAUGGUGGUCUACUCGGCACCACUGAGAAUAUAUAUUGUGGCAAACCGUUAAUUGUCACACCGCUCUACGGCGAUCAAAGCGUUAACGCAUACGCGGUCCAAAACCGCGGCGUGGGCUCCAUACUAUUCUUCGACGAUAUUAAUGAAAAGAACUUAAUAGCGACGCUUAAAGAGAUGCGCCGCAAUAGUUAUGCUGAGAAUGCUGUCGUGCUGUCGCACUUAUUCCGCAAUCAAGACAUGAAACCGCUGGACAGAGCCGUGUGGUGGGUGGAACAUUUGUUGCAAGAGAACGGCAAAACGGCGCAUAAAUUGCUGCAGACAAAGGCGGUAAAGCUAAAUUGGUUCGUCUAUUACUCACUGGACAGUGUGUCAAUUAUUUUGAUCGGCUUGGCGUUGUUCAUCUUCAUUGCGCGCGCGAUUUUGCGACGUUUGAGCGGCCUUUUCAAAGGCGGCAAACAAAGUGGCAAAGUGAAAACGAAAUGAUUUUAUGCAAAUAUACACCAUGUGUACCAAUAACUAUUUUAAA